CGGGUCCAACGCGCAUGACACACUGACGGAUCAAUCGCGCCGCGAGCCAUGUAAAACAAAUAUUUUGAUAAAUAAUCAGUUGUGGGCUACUUACGUACACUAUUUAUGAAUUAAAAUCCAGACAUUUGUGGAUAUAACAGUCAUUUGAUACUGUUUCCAAUUUCUAUUUUACUAUAAUGUCUCAGUUUUAUUUGUAAUCUUGUGUUUUUUCAUUCCAAAGACAAAUUGAAUCCAACAAGUGAUAAGUGGUUAGGUUUUAAUAUUUAUAGUAACGCAACAUGAAACAUUAUCUAGGUAAUGUUAUCAUAAAGGAGUAAUAAAUCUUUAACAAAUAUUACGCUCGAGCAGUGUCAAUAAUUCCCUACACUGCGAUUGUUGUGUUUUCAUCAUUGUAUCGGAAGAAAAGUGUGUCUACUUUUUAAUAAAAAAAAAUGACUACAAUCGAAGAAAAAAAGUCAAUCAGCCGAUCACGAGUUAUAUUGUCCCAGGUACUAGCAUGUCUCGCACUCGACUUCUUAUUGAUUGGGCUGGGCCUGUCCAUCAGUUUCGUUACAAUGGUGUUACCUGAGGUACUUGACGCUAAAGAAGGACUUUCAAUCACUAAAAAACAGGCAUCAUGGUUCGGCAGUAUGGCGUUUCUGUGUCAGCCACUUGGCAGCAUAUUCUCAGGACCACUUCUCGACCACUUCGGUCGCAAGAAGGCGCUGUUCCUGGUGAACAUACCUCACGUGGUUGCCUGGCUACUUAUGUACUACGCGUGGGAUGUACCAUCACUCUUCAUUGGAAAUGCCUUGCUCGGUAUAGGAACUGGGAUCAUGGAAGCCCCAUCCGUAACUUAUGUUGGUGAGAUAAGUGAUCCAUCAGUGCGAGGUAUCCUGACAACCCUGACGAAUGGGUUCACUUCGACGGGUAUGUUCGUUGCGUACCUGCUGGGGACAGUGCUACCGUGGAGACAGGCUGCGCUGGUAGCACUCACUGUACCACUGACUACCAUGGUGCUCGUUCUCUUUGUACCAGAGACUCCAAUAUGGCUGCUAUCGAAGGGCCGUCAAAAAGAAGCUCUCAAUUCCCUAUGUCGUCUCCGCGGCUGGGCAAAGCCAGAACACGUGAAAGAAGAAUUUGAUGAACUGAUACAAUACCACGAUGACUUACGACGAUGUGUGCUAUGUGCCAAAGAAGGAAAGAUCUUGGAACCAUGCGAACAUUACGACACAAGUCCUUUCAAGAAGAUUAUUUUGAAAAUAAAAUACAUAUUCUUCGUUAAAGAAACCAUGAAGCCGUUUAUGUUGGUGCUAGCGUACUUCUUCUUUUACACCAUGAGUGGAGCUGUGCCCGUGAGGCCUAACAUGGUAAACGUGUGCAGAGCCUUAGGAAUGAAAUAUGACCCCAAGAAUAUUGUUGUUAUCAUUGGCGCUCUCUUCAUAGUAACAAGCUUACUGUCAGCUGCUAUCGUCAAAUUUAUUGGGAAGAGGAAGCUGGUCGUCGGAUCCAUGUUGGGAACAGCUUGCUGUAGCAUGGCCAUCAGUAUCUACGCUCGUAUGAACCUUCCUCCCAGCGUCUUCUCCUACGAGAUCGACACGUUCACUGACAAGAAGGAACUCUUGCCUGUCAUCUUAUUCUUAUCACUGAUUUUCUUCAACGCACUUGGAAUCCCUUGGGUGCUCUUGUCCGAAGUUUUUCCAUUUCGGAGCCGCGGUAUCGCCACUGCCCUCGCAGCUGCAUCCAACUACAUCAUUUACUUCGGUGCAGCUAAAACUAACUACAAUAUUGAAUAUUCUUUCCAUCUAAGUGGAACAUUUGGUAUAUAUGCCAUAUUCGGUUUCAUAGGAACAAUAUACUUGUAUUUGUUCUUACCAGAAACUGAGAAGAAAACUUUAGCCGAAAUUGAAGCAUAUUACAAAAGUGAUAGAAAAAUAUUCGCUGAUGAUUUCUUAAUAAACGCUUUUAGGAAGAAGAAAGUCGUAAGCAGUGAUGCUGAUAAACCGAUGCUAGUCAAAACAAUUAAUUGAAAUUCUUAGAUAAACGAAUGUUAACGAUUUUAUAGAUGUUGCAUGAGUUCAACGUGAUACUGACCGACAUUAUAUUGAUAAUAUAGUCAUCAUUUGUCGACUGGGUUCUACUACAAGUGUUUCAACUAGAUUUUCUUCUUCUAAUUCAACUGAUCUGAUAUCAGUAAGAGUUGUACAGGUAUUAGUAUCAUUCAAAGUCGUAGAAAGACAUCAAUUAAAUAAGUAUACGUAAAAACAGAUAGUGUGUUUAGUUUAGAUGUUUGCUUUGGCAAAAUUGUUUCUUAUUCAAGAAAUUGCAUUGUUCGUUCGUAGUACUAAGUUGAUUUGUACAAAUAUGCUAAUAUGUAGUUUUUUGUAUUUAUUAAUAGUGUCCACUAUCCCAAAAUAUUCGUAUUUCGAAAAGAUAUUUUUUAUUAAAAAGACAUAUCGGUUAUAAAAUAUUCUUGUUAUCAUUUUUUCCUCGAUUUGUAUCAUUUUUACAUGACUACUUAUUAUAAUAAACAGCAUUUAUACUUCAUCAACAUUCCGCCACUUUUAAGUUAGUGUCCUUAACUGUUCUCAAAGUAAUAAGGCGAAAUAUUUUUGGGAUUAGUACAGAUCAAAUGCUUGCCAUUAUGUUUAAGAUUUAGGUAAAAUAUUGUAUUUACUAUUUACCUAUGUAUAUGUAUGUAGUACUAUGUAGUUAUAAUAACCAUGAAAGCCUCGGAUCGAGGCUGAUCGUGAUUUGUACGCCGUGGAUGCACGACAUUCACGUGUUACUGUAAAUACUGUUGCUCUAUAAAAUAAAUUGUUUUCAUUACCUUUCUCGUUUUGUU